CUUUGACAUUUUUUUUUUGUUAGCAGCCAUGGAUCCCGAAUCUCGUAUACUUGAAUUACAGAAAGAAAAUGAACUAUUAAGAGAAAAGAUCAAACAGUUAGAAUUACAAAAAGAAAAUGAAGCUUUACAACAACGCAUUGCUUCUUUAGAAUCAGAACUGACAGAAAAAACUAUUCAACCUUUUGAAACUGUUGCCAGUUUAACCAAUCCUGACAUUCGUAGAUUUGGACGUCAACUUAUAUUACCAAAAUGGGGAAAAGAUAGUCAACUGAAACUACGUAAUAGUUCAAUACUCAUUGUUGGUGCUGGUGGACUUGGAGCACCUGCAGCUUUAUAUCUUGGUGCAGGAGGUGUAGGUCGUUUGGGAAUUGUGGAUCAUGACGAUGUGGAUAUUAGCAACUUACAUCGACAAGUGAUUCAUACAGAAGCAAAACAAGGAAUGAAAAAGGCAAUAUCGGCUAUGAAAGCCAUUCAUGCUAUCAAUUCUAGUUGUCACGUGGUACCCUAUACAAUGUCAAUCGAUAGUAGUAAUGCUUUGGAUGUGAUUCAACAAUAUGAUCUAGUGGUGGAUGCAACUGAUAAUGUGGCAACUCGAUAUUUGUUAAAUGAUGCAUGUGUUUUAUUAAAGAAACCAUUAGUAUCUGGAAGUGCUUUACGAUAUGAUGGACAAUUAACAGUAUAUAAUUAUCAAAAUGGACCUUGUUAUCGAUGUCUUCAUCCGGUACCUCCUCCUCCCGAAACUGUUGGUAGAUGUUCUGAUAAUGGUGUUCUUGGCGUUGUUCCUGGUGUGAUUGGUAUUUUACAAGCUUUGGAAGCCAUGAAAGUGGUGACUGGAUUACAUCCGGGUGAAUCUAGCUUUUUGAUAUUUAGUGCAUUAUCCAAUCCAAUGUUUAGAACAAUGAAAUUACGAAACAAAAAGAAGGAUUGUCAAAUUUGUGGUGAACAUCCUACUAUUACUCAAUUGAUCGAUUAUGUGGCUUUCUGUGGUACUGGAGCUGAUGAUAAGAACAUUUCACAAUCUAUAUUGGGUCCAGAUCAAAGAAUCACUGCUACGGAGUAUCAAAAGAUAUUGGAACAAGAUCAAUCUCAUGUACUUUUGGAUGUACGACCUACUCUUCAAUUAGACAUCUGUCAAUUACCUCAUAGUUUGAAUAUCCCUAUUGAUGAACUGGACAAAAGGAUGGAUGAAUUGGUCAAUGUUAUGAAACAACAAUCACUUGAAGGAAAAGAUGUAUUUGUUGUUUGUCGUCUUGGAAAUGAUUCUCAAUUGGCCGUCAAGAUGUUAGAAAAACAUGACAUUCAAGGUGCUCGUGACAUCACUGGUGGAUAUUAUCAAUGGGCUGUUGAUGUAGAUUCUGAAUUCCCUAUCUAUUAGUCUCUCAUUAGAAUUAGAAUUUAUAAUCAAUCAUCUAUAUAUUAGAAAGAAUUCAGUUACCUGUCAUGUUUAUACUCUUAUGACUCAAUAAAUGUAACAUUACAAAAAGGAAUACGCAGUAAAA